GCCCGACCACUCAAAUACAAUUGUGCAUUGGCACGGUGUGGACUUACAACCGAACCACAGAAGACUUUUCUUGGUGAAAGAUGCGUUUCGACGAAGUCUUGACCUGCGUUGGGGAGCUGGGUCUGUACCAGUUCCGUGUGGCUCUGUUCAUCACCAUUAUGUGGGCACCGCUCAUGUGGUAUCCUAAUGUUGAGAUCUUCACCAAUCCCAGUGUUAAUCACUGGUGCUCUGUCCCCGAGAUACGGGACCAGUGUGGUGCCUGGGGCCUGGAUGAGGCCCAGUGCGACCAGAAGAUUAUUGAUGUGGCUGUCCCAACACUGAGUGGCAAAGGAAAUGACAACUGUCGACGGUACAACUGGACUGGUGUGGAGGUAGGCUCCUUAUGGGUUCCAAGACCUUCGUGUUUCAUCUGUUCCCAUCUCACCGAGUCUUAA